CCGGAUGUUGUGGCAAGUUGCGCAAAUUGAGCUGCGCAUUCGUCCGAUGUUGACAUUUUGUGGAUGAUUCAGCAACGAAACGUCUGAAAGUCAUCGUCGAUUUCAUCAGUUCGAACCAUCGAGAGCCCCAUUGCUCCAUAUAUAAAGGGGGUCUACAAUUCAGUGAUCAUUACUAGACAACUGUCAACUCUAAACAGACUGAAGGGAAACGCUGAAACUACGAGUUAUACAACGCAAUAAUCUAAAUAAGGACUAAGGAAAAAAAUUUAAGCUGAAGUCUAGAUCGAAUUUGAAAGAAAACAAAAAUGUCUCUAACGGUGAAGGCCUAUUUACACCAAGGGAAACUUGGUCCAAUAGAGGAAGCUGAAAUUCGAAGGUUCAACAUUGAUCAAGAUGUUUCGACAAAUUUCGAGUAUUUUUCAAAGAAAUUGAUCCAGAUCUUCCCUUCAUUGAAACCUGACAAUUUCAAUGUGUACUGGAAAGAUGAAGAUGGUGAUUUUAUUGCCUUCUCCAGUGAUGAUGAACUGAUGCAAGCGCUAGGCUAUCUCUCAGAGAGCGUAUUUCGUGUACAUUUGGUGGUCUAUGUGCAGGGCGGUGGUGAAAGGCAAGGAGAAGAAGAAGGUGUCCUCCACCCCAAUGUAAUAUGUGAUGGCUGCCAAGGGAGUGUGAAGGGAGCACGAUACAAGUGCGUCCAAUGCCCAGACUAUGACCUCUGCAAUGAGUGCUCAGCAAAGGGACUCCACUCCGAACAUGAGAUGAUUCGCUUCUGCCAGCCAGUCUCCUGGCCAUUUAUGGGCCCACCUGGACCUCAUGGCCAUCACGGGCCUCCACCGCCAUUUGGCCCACAUGGACCAGGACAUGGAGGACCUCAGGGACCGUGGGGACCCCAAGGCCCACAACAUUGGGGACGUUGGAUGAGACGCUGCAUGCGUCAGAUGUGGAGAGGAAUGCAAGGAGAGGAAGGCCAGAAUGCAGAGAAAGACUCCACAGAAGAAGGGGAACAGACAGAGAAAGGUGAAGGCCAGAAGAAGGCUGAGGAACAUUUCAAGAAGGUUAAUGAAGAGUACUUGAAGAACAUUGGAGACUCUGUUGCUGCUAUGUUGGAUCCAAUGGGUAUAGAUGUCACUGUUGAUGUGGAAAACCCAGAGGGUGCCCGUUUGCGAUGUGGACAAGGACGUGGGAUGGGCCGCGGCCGUGGUGGUCGCUGCGGAAUGGGGCGUGGAGCCUGGGGAGGAGGUCCAGGCCCAUCGGGGCCAUGGUGGAAGGGAGGUCCAGGGGAGGGAAAGAAAUGUGGAGGAGGACGCAAGCGCAAUGGAGGAAACAAGAAAGAGGAGAAAGAUAUUGAAGUUGAGGUAGAGAAACCAACUGAGAAGACUCCACUUGUAGAGGAACCUAUGGAUGAGGUUGUAGAUGCCGGAUCCAACCAAGGCGAGAGUGAUAAGAAGGGGAGUGAUUCCGAGGCAGACUGGACAAUGCUUCAAGGGGAUGAUCGUCCAAGACAGCCAUACAAUUUCUCAUUUGUUAACUCCCAGGGGGAUGUGGAAACGAUCCCUACCCCAGGGCCAGCUGUCCCCACCCCUACUAUCCCUACCCCCAGUGCACCAUCAGCACCGACAGGAGCAGCUGCCGCCAGCAGUAACACACAAAAUGGUGGACAACAAAAUGGUGGACAACAGAAUGGUGGAUUGUAUCCCAGCAUCCCUAGACCAGAACCAACACACCCUGACCCAAAGAUUGCCGAAGCGUUGCGUCAGAUGCAAGGCAUGGGAUUCAACAAUGAGGGUGGUUGGCUGACAAAUCUGCUGGAGACCAAGAAUGGUGACAUUGGAAGCGUCCUCGACACCCUCCAACCACACAGACAGAAGUAAAUGAAGAACAUGGACUGACACGGAUUGACAUGGAAAACGACAAACCCGAGAAAACGCUGCAGUGUAGUGAUUUUGUGAUGCUUUGACAUUUAUAGUAUAUAGCAUUAUAUAUACAUGUAUAAAGAUAAUAGUUGGAAAAAUGGGUUAAAUGUAACAUAUUGACAUAUACAGGCGGUUACUUAUAAUGGACUUUGAAAUUAUAUAAUACCUGGUGGUAUAUGUAUAUUACGAGCUUGAGGGAUUUGACACUUCGUUAAGUGUUACAUUAUUAGGUAUAAGAUCAUGAUAAGAGUGUACACACAUAGUGUAGCAAAGUGUAUAGAAAUGGGAAAGUUGUAUGUAGCCAGACAAUUGUAUGUAACCAGACAAUUGUAUGUAACCUAACACUACAAGUAUAUCUAAGAAAAGACAGAAUUGGCCUGCGAACCAUUGUGUUUACCCUCCUCCAUGACAGAUAACACUCAUCAAUCCCAUAAUCCCCCACUUUUGAUUCUCAAUGCUGAUUGGCUAAAUGAUAUUAGAUGUAUGAUGGGAUACACAUGUCCCAGCAUUCAUCUUCAUUCUCAAUGCUGAUUGGUUGAUUGGAGUCAGGUGGUUAAAUGGGUGAUGGGAAAUAUCUGUCAAAAGCUAGCCUAGUAGAGAUGUAUAAUUAGAAAUUCUCCAUCUUUACUUACUAAGCAUUAACAUGCUCAAUGUGGAAAAUAGCACAACACAGAAAUAAAAUAAAAUAAAUAAAUCAUGAAUAUGAAUCAUUUCACUGUCAUAUAAGUUGAUCUUGAAAUUAUUCAUAUUUUUUUUUGAUAUGUGUUUUGAUACAGUGAGCAUAAUUUCAUUUCGAAAGUUGGAGGUAGACUUAAGUCUAAGAUUUUGACAAGGGUAUCAGCAAAUGGUUCGCAACUGUGCUUGAAUUGUAACAUCCUAUCUGUUCUUAGUUAAAUAAACUGCAGCAUCGUGUAUU